UUAAUAUCAUGAUAAAAUAGGUUUUAUUUUAGGGCUGGGAAAGAUAACGCGUUAUUUUCGCGUUAACACAUUAAUUAAUACCGACAAUUAUUUUAUCGCGAAUUAACGCAGUUUUGUUUAUUAUUAUUUUGAAAGUCCGUUGCUCACUGGCUCUGAAUGCACAUACAACAAACCAUGGGUCACGGGGGGUGGGUUGUUGAUCAGUACUGGCUUGGGAUCGGGCGUCAUCACGCGUCUCAACCAAUGAGCGCAUUUUGGGCGGGCCUAAGACUACUGCAGCUCUCACAUGAACCGGACACGCCAUCACAAGAAGAAUACACGACUUGUAUGAAAAGGAGAGGACUACAAAGGACAUUCGCAGUGAAAGAUGCUGGGGCUUAAGUGCAUUGUGGGUGAUCUGUGUGUAGGAGGAAGACUCCCAAGAAGUCUGCUUCAUGUCCAGAAGACAUCCGUGUCCUCCAAGAGUCAACAUGUCAGACUGUAUGAACGCCCUCCUCAUCUUCCUUGGCAGACUCGGGUAUGUUUCCUGUCUUAUGGUCAGAACUCGCCUGCUUCUGGAGCCAAGCUGAAGCUUAGGACUCGGGUCUUGGUGACCCUGCUGUUUGGUGGUGGUCUGCUGGCCAUGUGGUGGUUCGUGGACUUAGAGAAGCAGCAAAGGUUGCGUCAGCAGCACAUGGAACAGCUGCAGAAGGUGGCUCUGGGUCAGGGUAACUUCAGCCUGCUGGACCACAGGGGACAGCGCAGGACCAAACAGGACUUCCUGGGCAGCUGGUUGCUGCUGUACUUCGGCUUCACACACUGUCCCGAUAUCUGCCCUGAUGAGCUGGACAGGCUGAGUGCCGUGGUGUCGACCCUGGACCAGGACACCUCGCUGCCGCCUAUCCAGCCCCUUUUCAUCACUGUGGACCCAGAGAGGGAUGAUGCAUCAGCGCUGGCCCGAUACGUCCAAGACUUCCACCCCCGUCUGAUUGGACUGACAGGGGCAUUGGAUGAGGUGAAAGAAGUAGAGCGGGACUACAGAGUGUAUGCCAGCCCUGGACCCAAAGACGAGGAUGGAGACUACAUUGUGGACCACACCAUCCUGAUCUACCUUAUCAGUCCUGAUGGGCUGUUUCUGGAUUAUUACAACAGGAUGAAUAACCAGGAGCAGAUCACACAGAGCAUUAGGAACCACAUCAAGGCCUAUGUCAGACUCUGAACAAACCACAUGUUAGAGCUUCAGUGUGGAGAAAGUCUGUGCUUCAUUUCUCCUUCUCUUGUAUGGAAUUGAUCACAGCACCAAACUAUGAUUAAAAAGUUUUAAUUCUCUGUUGCAAAGUGAGAAUCAUUUGUGUGCAUCUGACAGAUUUAAAUAUAGACAACCUG